UGUCAAACUGUCAAGUCAUCUAAUUCUUGGUUAAUCAAUAACAAUAUCAGAAGUGUCACUUCUAAUAUUUUUAAAAGAUUUGUAAACAAUCAGCAAGAACAGAUUUUGGCCAUGGGCGGUUUUCAAUAUCCCGAAGCAAGGCGCGAUGAAUCAAUCCAAGACAACUUUCACGGAAAAACUGUUAGCGAUCCUUACAGAUGGUUGGAAAAUCCUGAUUCAAAUGAAACAAAGGAUUUUGUUGACGCACAAAAUUCUAUUACUCGUCCAUAUAUAGAUGAUUAUAAAUAUCGUCAAUUUAUUAAAGAAAAACUUACAAAUCUUUGGAAUUACCCUAAGUAUUCUGUGCCAUAUAAAAGGGGGACAAGAUACUUCUUUUACAAAAAUACGGGUCUUCAAAAUCAAAGUGUUUUGUAUAAACAAGAGUCAUUAACGGAUGAGCCAGUAGUAUUUAUAGAUCCUAAUAUUUUGUCAGAUGAUGGUACAACUAGCUUUGCAAGAACAAGUUUCUCUGAAGAUGGAUCAAAGUUUGCUUAUGGGCUUUCUAAAAGUGGAAGUGAUUGGUUCACCGCACACUUUAAAGAUGUUGAAACUAAUCACGACUAUCCUGAUGUAUUAGAAAGAAUUAAAUUUUCUUCCUUGACAUGGACAUUUGACAACAAAGGAAUUUUUUACAGUGGUUAUCCACAAGAAUUUAAAGAAUCUACUGGCAGUGAAACAAAUAUUCUUGGCCAUCAACAACUCUUUUAUCAUGUAUUAGGUACCAAUCAAAGUGAAGAUGUUGUAGUAGUAGAAUUUCCUGAGGAACCUCUUUGGAGAAUAUCGACUGAGAUAUCCGAUUGUGGACGAUAUUUAUUUAUAUACAUAUAUAAAGAAACUCGAGAUAAUCUUGUCUAUUUUUGCGAUUUGAAACAAUAUGAUAAUAUAACUGGAAAAUUAAACAUAAUUUCUGUUGUAAAAGUUUUUGAAGCAGACUACCAUUUUAUCACAAAUGAGGGAUCACGAUGCAUUUUUAAAACAAAUAAGGAUUCACCUAACUAUAGGCUGAUUCAAAUUGAUCUGGAACAUCCCGAGGAGAAAAACUGGAUAACAUUGCUACCUGAACAUCCAGCUGAUGUUUUAGAUUGGGCUACUUGUGCUAAUGAAGAUAAACUUGUUUUGUGUUAUAUGCAGGAUGUAAAGAACAUUUUACUGUUAUGGUCGAUACCUGAGAAAAAAAUUCUAUCAAAGUUUCCUCUAGAUGUUGGUACAGUGAUUAAUUGUUCUGCAAAAAAAAAUCAAUCUGAGAUAUUUUAUCAAUUUGCUUCAAAUGUGACUCCACCUAUUAUUUAUCGAUGUGAUUUAACAGAACCUGAAAUAAUACCAACAAUUUUUAGAGAAACAAAGCUCCAGGGAUUUGAUUCCUCAAAAUAUAAAAUGGAACAAGUAUUUUAUACCAGCAAGGAUGGUACAAAAAUCCCUAUGUUUAUAUGCUCGAAGAAGAGCAGUCCUCGUUGUGGAUCUACACCAUGUUUGCUAUAUGGAUAUGGCGGUUUCAAUGUUAGUUUGACCCCCACUUUCAGUGUCAGUCGUGCUAUAUUUAUGCACUGUUUCAAUGGAAUUAUAGCAGUACCUAAUCUUAGAGGUGGCGGAGAAUAUGGUGAAAAGUGGCAUAAUGCUGGUCGAUUACACAAUAAACAAAAUGUUUUUGAUGAUUUUUGUGCUGCCGCUGAAUAUCUAGUACAAAAUGAAUAUACCAGUGCAAAUAAGCUAACUAUUCAAGGUGGUUCGAAUGGUGGUUUGCUAGUUGGGGCAUGUAUUAAUCAGAGACCAGAACUGUUUGGAGCAGCAAUUGCCGAAGUUGGUGUGAUGGAUAUGCUGAGAUACCAUAAAUUCACAAUUGGUUAUGCCUGGUCAUCUGAUUAUGGAACUUCUGAUGAAGAGAAACAUUUUCACAAUUUGUUGAGCUACUCUCCACUGCAUAAUAUUAAAACACCAACUGAUGUGAACAAGCAAUAUCCAGCAACGCUGGUGCUAACUGCUGACCAUGACGACCGGGUUGUGCCGCUGCAUACGCUCAAGUAUAUUGCAACACUGCAACAUGCGGUUCGUGACUCUCCAAUACAACAGAAGCCGCUCAUGGCUUUGAUUUCGACACGUGCCGGUCACGGGGGUGGAAAACCUACCACUAAAGUGAUAGAAGAAAUAACAGAUAUCUAUAGUUUUAUUGCCAAAAGUUUAGGACUGACUUAUCAUGGUGAAACUUUAUGAUCAUCUGCUGCACAUAAGGAAUCAAUUACAUAUAUGUAUCACAAAACUAGUUGC